UUCCGGAAUGGCGGACAAAGUCGAAGUAAACUAGUCGUAGAACCGUAAAACAAUCGGUGGAAUGUACUUGGUUACAUCAAUCUUUUAGCGCUCGUAUACCACCUAGAAUAAUAAUAACCAUGUCCACUGCAAAUACAAAUAAAUAUACGGUAGGAGAAACGAGUUCAGCUACAUCUACUCCUCGGAAGAGACCCAAAUGUGUUAAACGAACAAUCUCUGUUGCCAGAGUUGAGCAGAUGCUGGAAGAGGAUCGGAAAGAAAGACGAAAUGCACCGGACAAACCGUUACACUUCGCACGGGAUUCCCUGUUUAGCAGCUCCAGUGGUUACACCAACUACCGAGGUUUUCUUAACCUUGCUAUUCUGUUGCUGGUCCUCUCCAAUGCACGAGUAGCUCUGGAGAACAUUAUCAAGUAUGGAAUAUUAGUUGAUCCAUUUCAAUGGGUGCAGAUGUUUGUCAAGAAUCCAUACAGCUGGCCAUCUGCUACCCUUCUUCUAGCUAUGAACAUCUACAUUGUGGUGGCAUUAAUGAUAGAGGUCUUUCAAUCAAAGGGGAGAUUGCCUGACAACAUCGCAUUUUGGCUGAAAGUCAUAAACAUGGUAUCAAUGAUCCUGAUACCAGCUAUUGUGAUACUCCGGAUAAAUCCAAACCCAUUUGGUGCAUGCUUUGCAUGUGGAUUUCACACGACGGUCUUCUUUAAGUUGUGGUCGUACCACCAAGUCAACAGAUGGUGCAGGGAGGAGCAGAUCAAGAGGAAGCGGAUCACUCGCAGAGGUUCCAUUGACCUCAGCCUGUAUCGUAGCGGAGAGUCUGACAGUGAUACUACGAAAUCUGAAAAGUUAGUGUACUACCCAGAGAACCUGACUCUAAAAGAUUUGUACUACUUCAUUCUUGCACCGACGCUGUGCUACGAAUUGAACUUUCCUCGUUCUCGAAGGAUUCGCAAGGGUUUCCUGCUAAGAAGGAUUGUGGAGAUGGUGUUUCUGUCUAACCUGGUGUUGAUGCUGACCCAGCAAUGGCUGCUACCAACUAUAAACAAUAGCAUGCAACCUAUAAACUCUAUGAACUUUGGUAGAAUGACGGAGAGACUACUGAAGCUAUCGGUACCUAACCACGUCAUUUGGUUGAUUUGCUUCUACUGUAUCUUUCACAGCAGCAUGAAUGUGUCAGCAGAGCUGCUGCGGUUUUCUGACAGGCAGUUCUACCUGGAUUGGUGGAAUGCACCAACUGUGUCUGACUUCUGGAACCGCUGGAACAUGCCAGUGCACAAGUGGGCUCUGAGGCAUGUCUACCGACCCAUGCUGCGUUCUGGUCUCACAAAACUGCAGGCUGCUGUUGCUGUUUUUCUUCUAUCUGCAUUUUUCCAUGAGUAUCUAGUGUCAGUUCCAUUGAAUAUGUUCCGAGUCUGGGCCUUCAUGGGAAUGAUGCUGCAGAUUCCAUAUGCUGUGAUGGUUGCCAAAAUUGCAAAUGUUGACUGGCGAUUAGGCAACAUGGCUGUUUGGCUGUCGCUGAUCAUUGGGCAGCCAAUUGCUAUACUGAUGUAUGUGCAUGACUACUAUAUACUCCAAUUCAGAGACAAACAAGAUGCCAGUGUUUAGUGAGUUGUUUUCACCAGAAGCUGUCCAUUUGUUCUUUUGGGGGUUGGGGGUGAGGGUGAGGAAAUUAGUAGGUAAGUCUAUGUAAAUUAUCCAUAUGGGAUCUACUAGGAGGGCAUCAGAAGGAGCAUAGUAGGGGGUGAAUGAGUAAUUUACAUAUUAAAUUAUUAUAGGAAUGGGGUGGAUCAAGGUGAAUGAUGUUAUUCCUUGAUAGUGGGUAUGUUGUGUAAAUGGAAUCAUUUGGUUACAUAAAUGUUUAAUUACAAUGGUCAAUGCAAGCAAAUGUUGUGCAGGUGCAACAAGCAGAUUAUAUUCACGAACCUAUUUUGAUUCAUAAUAGAUGUUGUUUAGUUUGAAGGCAGACGCAUCAUGUAUGCUGUGCCCCACAUUCCACUUCAUAUGGUUUAUGGGCAUACAAGUGAUAACGUAGCUGCCAAAGAAAUAGUAAACUGGAUCAGUAAGCUAGUUUUAGCUAGAAUUCUUUUUUGAUCAGUAAUAAUCUAUAUGAUUUAUAAUGUUAUGUCGAAGUAGUAUCAAGGUAGUAGUUUUUUUGUAGAAUAUAGGCAUUGAACGUGGAUCAUGUGUAAUUGUGGAAAUCGUGGAUAUAUUGUGUUGAAAUGUUAUAAUUUAUGGAAAGAAAACUAUUUUUAAUAAUUUA